AGUCAUUUUUCGUCGUUCAAACAACAAAAUUAUGGCUGUUGUAGGCAUAAAUGGAUUUGGACGGAUAGGAAGAAUGUGUUUUCGAGCGUGUCUCGAGAAAAAUGUCGAAGUAAUCAUAAGAUCUUAUUGUGAACCUAAUUAAUGAUCCCUAUAUUACGACCGAUUAUAUGAUAUAUCUUUUUAAAUACGACUCCACUCAUGGAUUCUUUCCUAAACCUAUAAUAUGCGAAAAUGGAUGUAUAGUUAUAAAUGAUAAAAAAAUAGUCACGUCACAGGAGAAAAAUCCUUCGAAAAUACGAUGGAAAGAAAAUAAUGUAACAUACGUGAUAGAAGCUACAGGAGUAUUUACAACUUUGGAGAAGGCGAGCUUACAUAACGAUGGAGGCGCAAAAAAGGUGAUAAUUACAGCACCUUCGAUCGAUGCACCCAUGUACGUAUACGGAGUUAAUCAUAAAUGUUACGAUCCAAAAAAGGGCAACGUAGUGUCUGCAGCUUCUUGCACAACGAAUUGUGCAGCUCCUAUAGUUAAAAUUAUGAACGAUAAUUUUGAGGUAAUCGAAGCAAUGAUAUCCAGUGUACACGCUGUAACAGCAACGCAAAAAACAGUAGACGGGCCGAUAAAUAAGUUAUGGAGAGAUGGAAGAGGAGCUUUACAAAAUAUCAUACCAACGUCUACGGGAGCGGCUAAGUCAUUAGGAAAAAUUAUUCCCUCUCUCAAAGACAAAAUAUCGGCGAUAGCUUUUAGAGUACCGAUAUUUAAUGUCUCCUUAUGUGAUAUGACGUUUAGAAUCAAUAAGCCAACAACGUAUGACGAAAUAAAAGCAGUGAUGAAAAACGAGUCCGAAGGAGAAUUGAAAGACGUGCUAGGCUACACGGAAGAAGAUUGCGUUUCGUCCGAUUUCAAUCACACCAUUUACUCUUGCGUGUUCGAUGCAAAGGCAGGCAUUCCUCAAACGAGUACAUUCAUCAAAAUCAUAGCUUGGUACGACAACGAAUACGGUUACGCGCAUCGUAUCGUUGAUUUAAUCGUAUAUAUGUACGAUGUUGAUUCUGGAAAGAUUUCACCCGUAGAAAGUGUCACUGAAGAGGAAAUCGUAUAAUCGUAUAAAAGCAUCAAACCAAAAAAGACAUAUAUUAUUUUACGUCUUU